CAGUAUGAGCCCAUAAUGAUGAUUGCCAGCCCAUUUGAUCUUCUUCUGAAAUCUGAAUUUCGAGCAACCAGCGACGAGUGGGUCAGUCGCUCCACCUCUAACUCAGCAGCAAUGGCGCAUGUUUUGAGGCCUCUGGCGCGACUGCCCAGAUUACAUCACCAAUACCACUGCUCCGCCGGAGCAUUCUAUUAUUUCCUUACCUCCUGCUCCCUCCCUUCCGCAGAAACCACCGCCAAAUUCCCCCACCAACUCUUACUCAUCAAUUCCUCCCCCGUGGUCUCUGCUCGCAACCUCCACUUCCGUACACGCGCUCUCAAAUUGCGUCAACUUCCCUUGCCGUCCGAUACCACUGAGAGCGACAGCGACUCUUCCGACGACGGUUCCGCCAAGAAGAGCCGCAAUGAGAAGAAGCGCGAGGCUAAGCGCGCCGUCCGCUGGGGGAUGGAGCUCGCUAACUUCUCACCACCUCAAAUCAAGCGCAUUCUCAGAGUGGCCUCUCUUGAGCGUGAAGUCUACGAUGCUCUCAUGCUAGUUAAGAGGCUUGGUCGCGAUGUUCGAGAAGGAAAGCGAAGACAGUUCAAUUAUAUAGGAAGACUGCUCCGAGAGGUAGAGCCUGAAUUGAUGGACGGGUUAAUCCAGGCCACAAAGGACGGCGACAAUGGCAAGUUUCAAACUUUAUGUGGUCCAGAAGCACAGGCAAUUGAAGAUAGUGAUGACGCAGCAGAAGAAACUGAAGAUCAGUGUGAAGAUGAUCCAGAGUAUUGCAUUGAGAUAACAACCAGAUGGUUUGAGGGAUUGAUCAAAAAAGAUAUUGAUGUUAUGAAUGAAAUCUACUCACUUGACAGCGUUGAUUUUGACCGUCAGGUUAGGAACUAAGAAGGCUUGUAAGGAAAGUGCAUGUCAUGCAAGAGCAUCAGGUCAGCUCAGAAUCAGAAGAGAAGGGGGAAGAAGUGGAAGCAAAGGUCGUGGGUGCUAAAAGGCGCCUCACUCGUUUCCUGGGGAGCCUUGUAAAGCAGCUUCCCAUAGAAUAAAUGACUAGUCUGUAUACCUACGUCUAAUUUAUCUGUUCUGUCCAAGCACUAAUAUGACGGUCUGCCAUAUCAAAUCCCAUUUUUUAUACUGUUUAAUCCAGUGAAAAAGGAAAAUAGAAAUGAAGAAUUCCCUUGGGUAAUAUUUAGUAGGUUUCGUCGCAGGAUCUUUAUACCACAGGGUUUCGUAGAAAGUGAGGAGGCGGGGACUGCUUAUGAGGAGAAUAGGAAAGAAAGUUAAAGACACUGAAGGAUUGGUGUCUAUCCUGUUGAAGACCAUAUGAUAAAUGCUGAUGUCUGCCACGGCGGCUUUUUAUUUUGUUAAUAUCAUGGAUUGUGAUGUGAUCACGAGUCGGGGACAAAGACUUAUUUUGUAUCGGUUGAAAUCUCCAAUCUAUCUGAUGAUGUUUUGAACUUUUUUGUUUUUUGUCAUGUCUUCCCGUCACAGCAAAUCACGCAAGGACAGAGCGAGGCAUGAGAAAAGGAAGAAGGAUUAGAGACCCUCCAUUUGGACUUCAGAGAGUGUUUUGGCGGAGCAGAUGAUUUCUGCAAAUAGAAGUUGACAAUUGGAAAGUACUUGGCGCAAAUUACACGCCAAAACCUGUCCUGUGUGAUGUGUGAACUGGAUAAUUGAGUUAGGUAGAAGAACUUCAAAAACUUUUCUGAUGUUCAAUUGUCUAUUUUUUUUUUUAAGCAAGGAUCAUGUGCAGCACUAAUUUGGUGUAUCCGCUGACGAAACUCGGUACGGGAGUGGUCAUGCGUCUGCUUAUAUUCAAAAUUAACGGCAAUGGGAGUGGUCCGGGAUGCUUUCACCA